GCAUGUGGGAAAUGGAUGUACCAUCUCUGCAGUCUGCAGAGAGUUCAAUACAGAGAUGCACGCGCCGGAAAGGACGAGAUCAGAGAACUGCUGAAGCGAUGCACGAGCUUGAAUCUGAACCAUAAGGCGCGCUAUAUCCCCAAAUCGGGAUUUAUUGAUUUAAUCACCGUAUAAACCGGGAUAUGUUAGAGGUAGGAUCCUCUUUCCAGGUUUUCUUAAUACCAUUA